GGGUACCCGUACUCCUUUCUCUCGGGACAUUCACGGGCCGGCCCAAGGAUAGUCAUUUUCCCCUGUUUCUUUGCCAAGAAUACACCCUGCCCUGAAUGGGGUGUUUUCCGAUUCGAUUCUUCCACCAGAGUCGUUACCGGCGUUGACCCCAACCCCGUCACCUCUCGCCGGAAAGUCGGCCUCCUCUCCGACCACUACUCCAACUGCUUCUGCAGUGCCGUCCCCACCACGUCGUUAUCUUCAGUGGGAUCAGUGCCGUAUCCUCCUCCAGCAUCCCCACUGCAUCUCUCUCCUCUUUGUUCUCCCCUUCUCUCUCCCUCCCUCUCUAACUGUCAAAACAUGGCAACAAUGAAGAGAUACAGGAGGUAGAACAAAACCAGCAAUGCCGUCAAUAAAUCUGCGUUCUCUGCUUCUGUUCUCAGCAAUUCUUCGACUUCUUUUGAUUCUUUAUGGAGAAUGGCAGGACACUCAUAUGGAGGUCAGAUAUACAGAUGUUGACUACCUUGUGUUUUCUGAUGCUGCUUCCUUAAUGGCCUCCGGGAAGUCCCCCUACGAGAGAACAACAUAUCGGUACUCCCCUUUGAUUGCAUUUCUUCUCAUACCAAAUUCUAUGAUCCAUCGCUCAUGGGGAAAGUUUCUCUUCUCUGCUUCAGAUUUACUUGUAGGGUUGUUUAUCCAUAACAUUCUGAAGCUACGAAAGGUGCCUGAGAAUCUAUGCACCUGUUCUGUAAUGGUAUGGCUCUUCAAUCCAUUUACCUUCACUAUUGGAACCCGUGGGAACUGCGAGCCUAUUGUUUGUGCGAUGGUUUUGUGGAUCAUUAUGUGUCUAAUGAACGGUAGUUUGUUACAAGCUGCAUUUUGGUAUGGGCUUGUUGUCCAUGUACGAAUCUAUCCUAUAAUCUAUGCACUUCCUAUCAUCUUAGUUCUGGAUCCUUUCCACUUCCGGUCUCAUAAAAAGCCUGCUCUUACGGAAUGGAGUUCUAGUAAUGGAAGGUCAGCCCAAAAUUUAAGCAGCAAGAAUACUGGUGCAUACAAUUUAUGGGUUGCGUUGACCAGCAUGUUUACAAAAGAGAGACUUAUGUUUGGGCUUAUAUCGGGAGCUGUAUUCUUCAUUUGCACUGGGAUUUUUUUCUAUCUAUAUGGCUGGGAGUUCUUGCAUGAGGCACUGCUGUACCAUCUUACUCGUACAGACCCAAGGCACAAUUUUUCGAUCUACUUCUACCACAUCUAUCUGCAUUAUGAGCAUGAAUUCUCGGUUAUAGAAAAACUCAUCUCUUUUCUGCCUCAGUUCAUAGUACAGCUGGCCCUUGUUUUCCGCUUUGCACUGGAUUUACCAUUCUGUUUCUUUGUUCAGACGGUAGCAUUUGUAGCAUUCAAUAAGGUCAUUACAGCACAGUACUUCGUUUGGUUCUUCUGUCUGUUGCCUCUGAUAUUGCCAUGGAGUAAUAUGAAGCUUAAAUGGGAAGGGUUGUCGUCCAUUUUCAUAUGGAUGGGAGCUCAAAUCCAUUGGCUAAUGUGGGGUUAUCUUCUUGAAUUCAAAGGCAAGAAUGUCUUCCUACAGCUCUGGGCUGCAAGCUUAAUAUUCUUAGCUGCUAAUACCUUCGUCCUUAUCAAAAUAAUCUUCCGCCAAAGAUUCUCGCCAUUGUUCAAGCAGUUGGGGCCUGAAAGUUCCAAGGGAACAACGAAACAUGAGUGAGAGAGUAUGGGCUCCAAACUUGAAAUGGACAAAAUGUGUGCACUUGGUUAUGGUAUUUGCAAACUCGGUCAUCUGAAGAUUUAUGACGUGGACAAUAUUUCAGUUUAUGAUAUGGAUGAUGAUCAAAUUGAGCUUACUUCUGGCUCAUAUCCGGGCAAGAUACAAUCUGGAGAAACACCAAAUGGCCAAACGCCAAACGCAUACCUCGUUAUGACUUGCUUUUAGAAACUGAUGGACUGGAUAACUCUUAGUGUAGGAUCGUAGGUCAUUCUUAUUUUUGAUUUUGUGAGUUGAAAUAUUUUGCUUGACGAGUUGGAAAUAUUGCAACGGGGAGGGGUUUUUUUUUUUUUUCCAAUGGACAACGAGCAUUGUCAGAAUCACCCAGUAGGGAGGAGGUAUACGGAUGACCACCUUCGAAAGGCAUGUUUUCAUACUUGGGUUUCGAUAACCAUCUACAUUUUCAGCACUUCCUUUUGUUUUCAUAUCCUAUUUGCUAUUAGUAAUUGUACUCCAGCUUUCUGGUGCAAUGCAUACCUAACAUUACUUGUUUUA